AUGCCAACUGUCGUCGCACGUCGUACCCAGUUCUCCAGCUGCGAUGAAUGUCGUCGAUCGCGUGUGGCUUGUGAUGCCCAGAACACAAACACAGACGGAGACACGUCGUCUCCCUGCACGCGUUGUCGGAACCGGAAUCUACCAUGCACUUUCAGGUGGCUUCAGAAUGUCAAGGCAAACAGCUCUGUUGUGAAGCGUAAACCACGUCGUAGGACGGCAUCGAGACCGAUAAGUGACACUUCGUCGACACGCGGCAGUAGAGCCACCGAUGUGUCGCAAGAGUCGACGGUUAAUAGGGGUACCUAUGAGUUGGACCAUGGCCACUAUGGUGAAAACUCGACCUCUGUGGUGCCUGAACCAGCACCAACGCCGUGGCGUGCAAGUCCUCUGAAGGACUCACCAGAAAAUGUCAAUAUGGAUAAUGUGGAUGUUAGAUGGCUCGAUACUCUUUACAGGGAGGGCUUCGAAGCAGUACUUGGCUCAUGGAUGGGUAGAUAUAGCUGUCCAUUUCUGUUCGGGCAGAAUCUUGCAGACAAAUACGUCAGUUUAUCAGACCUCUGCCGCCAUCUCGACGGAUGCAUAGUAGACGCUGGCAACAGUCAACUGGUAGGAAGAUCUCGAGACAUUGAACAAUCUCUCCAGAGCACCAUAUCCGCAUUUGCAGCACGAUGGCUCCCCGUCACCUCUCCAGUCCCAAAUUCAAGCGAAGAUCACUGCAGCCUUGUUCAAGCUCUUUGGCGAAACGCACGCAGGGAUAUGCUACGCGUUAUCAACAGACCGUCUUAUCGAUCGAUGCUGUCGCUGUUUCUCUUCGCGCUUACACCAAUACCAGACGGUAUCUCGGAGGAAGAGGAGACAGAUGGUAUAUCAGGGCAAGCUUGUGUGCAUGCUGCGUUGCAACAAAUACAGACCCUUCGAGCCCGACAGAGAAAUCUGCAAUUCAGCGGCUCAAAGGUAUCUCCGUCGUUGCGAUCACAAGCCAUCGUCACGACGCCAGACUCCAUCGAAAACUCGGGCUUCAUCAACGCCGAAAGUAUCGUAUACUGGGCAGCCCUUACGUUCGACACCUCGGCCUCCCUCACUCUCAACUGUCGCUCUUUACUCUCCUCCGGCCUUUUCGGCUUUGAGUCGGAAUUACCAUGGCGACUCGUCAAGACUUGUGCCAAGAUGUUUGACGAAAAUGCCCGGCAGUGGGGACAGGCAAGUUCUGACAUGACAGACGAGAGAGCAAAUCAAAUCAUAGCCGCUGGAGCAUCUUGGAAGUUACUAGGAUGGAAGCUCACAGCAAUCUUCAAAGAGGCGCUGCGUGAUGGCCAUGAAGAGUCAGAAGUGCGAAAAGCGUAUCUGGCCGUGGUUGAUUCCACGAAGCAGUUCGGUAUCAUAUAUCGUCCGCUUCUGGAUGAAUGUCAUAAACGCAUGCCAUUUCUUGGCCAGCAGACCAAGCUUCGAUGGUUUUCUCUAAUGCUUCACUACCAUCUCAGUAUCUUAAUGCUAGUGGAUAUAAUAGAAGCCACAGAUCGUCCAGACCUCCUAACCGACAUUAUCGACAUCAGCAUCGACGCUGAAAACACGGUAAUGAGCACACUGGCAUUUGGUCUUCAUAACAAUUUCACACUGAAGCGACCCGAUGAGUCCCACACCGGGAAAAUGGAUGUGUUUACAGUACCGAUCGUGUCUAUCGAUCCUUACCCACAUCACGCAGUUGCUGGAGUGCAAUUGUUACGAAAAGCUGUUGAGCGCGAUUUUGGUAUUGGAAAGAUUACGGAGGAGACAUAUCAUAGUCUGCUGGAGACGUUGGAGCGGACGUUGAGACAUUUGCCGCAGAGUUCAAAGUCUGUUCAGGCGGCGAUAACAAAGUUCUCCACGGUUUCUGAUGAGGAGAGUACACCACCGAGUUUCUAG